ACAAAAUUUGAAGCUUACGUCAAAAAAAAAAAUGUAAAAUACGAAUUAAAAAACAAAAAAAUAGACAACCAAAAAAAUAACAGGUACAAAUACCUAAUAAGCUUAGGGCAAAUGACGAGAGAUUUUCACUAGACACGAUGAAAGUGGAGCACUGGACUGAAAGAGCGGAAGAGCGGAAGAGAUCGCAAGCUAACAACGAUGGUGAUGACGACGACGACAAGGAGGGGGAAGUCAGUGCUAGAGUUUUGCCAAAAACAAAAAAAAAGGGCGGUGAAAGGUCAACACUCUCUUGGGGCAGAGUGAGAUGACAAGAUGUGAGAAAUGAAAUGGAAAACGAAACGAAACAAUGUGGCCUUCAAUGGGUCGUGGUCGUCGACGAUGGUCGUGGUGUAAGGUAGCUUCGCCUCUGCAGCUCUGCGUCUCUUCAUCUCUUUGCAUCGUCAUCAGCGACGUCGUCGCCGUUGUUGUCUUCUCUCUUGCAAAGAUUAUCUCUGGCACUUGCCUCAACGACUGGCACAACGCUGGCUUCAGUUACAUAAUCUGUUUUUGGCCAUUUGGUUUGGUAUAAAAGCAGCAUGCCAAGUCUUUGGGCAAAUCAUUUCCAGUCGAAUCAUAUAGCCCAACACAGACGGGGCGCGAUUGAACACAUACUCACAGGGAGCGAGAGAAAGAAACGGAUAUUGAAAGGAAUCCUUAAGCAAAAUGGCAGCUCGUUUCAUUAUUGCCAUGCUCUUGGUGGCCACUCCAUUGGCCUCAAGCAAGCCCACCUUUGGUCGGGAACAUGUUCAUAUACGCAUUCAUUUGCCCGAAAGUGGAGGCGGCGGCGGCGGUGGACAUGAUCAUCAUGAACAUCAUGAUUUCGGCGGUUACAGUGCUGGCGGCGGUGGAGGCGGUGGUGUCCAAGCCUAUGAGAUUCAUGAUCAUGGUCAUGGAGGCGGCGGCGGUGGUGGUGGUGGAGGAGGUGGCCAUGUAGCCACCUAUGCCGUUAUCACUGAGAAUCAUGCAGGCGGCGGCGGCGGCGGCGGUGGCGGUGGACACUAUGAAGGUGGUCACAGCUCUGGUGGUUACAGCUCUGGUGGCUAUAGCUCCGGUGGUUACAGUUCCGGUCAUGAUGAUGCCAAGAUUGCAGCCAUUGCAGCGGCAGCUGGCUCUGGUUCCGACCAUGGUCAUGGUGGAGGCGGUGGUGGUGGUGGUGGCUACGGAGGUGGAGAUCACGGUGUGGCCCACAUUGCUGCCAUUGCUGCUUCAUCGUCUCAUGGUGGUUACAGCGGUGGUGGAGGCGGAGGCUAUAGCAGUGGAGGACAUAGCCACGAUGAUGCUAAUGUCGCCGCCAUAGCAGCUGCUGCCGGUUCAAGCAGUGGUGGAUACAGCAGCGGUGGUGGCUACAGCAGCGGCGGUGGAUACAGCAGCGGAGGACAUGGACACGAUGAUGCUAAUGUCGCUGCCAUAGCAGCAUCUGCCGGUUCAGGAAGCGGCGGCUAUAGCGGUGGCUACAGCAGUGGUGGUUACAGUGGUGGCUCCAGCUACAGCAGCGGUGGAUCCAGCUAUAACAGCUACAGCGGUGGUUCCAGCUACAGCAGCGGAGGUGGGUCCAGCUACAGCAGCGGCGGUGGUUAUGGCGGUGGUCAUGAUGACUCUCAAUAUGCUGCCGUGGCUGCUGCUUCAAGCGGUUCACAUGGAGGCGGCGGUGGUGAUGCUGGUUACAGCUACUCAGCACCGGCUGCUGGCGGUUGGUCUGGUUCCAGCUCUAAUGGCUGGGCUUAAACCUUACCACAAACAGCAUUGGCCAUCUAGUCUCUAUGUGCUCCAUUUCAUUGUUGAUUCCCCCCUCCCCCAACUUAAGUUAUACCAUCAAAUCCAUCCCAUUUGCCUUGUUGACAACAAAAAGAAAAAUAAAUUUUAGUUUUAUAUAAUAAUUUAA